AUGGUCGCUCUCUCUUACCUGCUCCCAUUACUCGCACUCACCCACUCUGCCACUGCCUCUGUCCAGAAUCCGAUCACAACCACAAGUCAUGCAUCCUCCUUCCCCACCGCCGCUGCCGCCGCCGCUUCGCUCGAAGAGGGCAAGCAAGCUAGCGGUCAGGGGCGAGGGGACACGUACGUCUCGGUCGGAGAUCAAGGUGUCGAACACAUAGCGGACGACACGACUGCUGCGACGUCGACUCAACCGGCUGAGGACGAGGUCGAUCUCCCAUCCUCAGUCGGGUAUGACGGGCUCAGCUUGCAGGAGUUGCAGAAGCUGGAGACGAUAUACGAGGCGCUGAACAAGCUAGCCAAGAAGCAGCUGGCUGACAUCGAGGAGUUGGAGCGGAUCAGAUCCAUCGAGCUGGCAAAGACGCUACCGGAUACCUCGACCGCAAGCGACGGGAUGGCUCAGAGUGAGGGUCCCAGGGAGGACCACGAGUAUGUUCAAGCCGCCUUGAUUUGGCAGUUGGUGAACCUCCUCAACACCUCGUCCUCCCAAGGCGAUGACGGUAUCCUUCCUCUCGCUUACAUCUGA